UAGGGUUUUAGGUGUCAAUAUAUAAACAAUUUUUUCUUCACAUUCAUCUUCUUCAUCUGUCUGCAUUUCUUCUUCAGACCGUGAAAAGCAAAACCCUAGAAACUGAACAAUGACAACAGUUCCAGGGCAAUUAGUGUGGGAAAUCGUGAAGAAGAACAAUGCAUUUUUGGUAAAGGAGUUCGGUAAUGGUUCCGCUGGCGUUGUGUUUAGCAAAGAGCCUAACAAUCUUUGCAAUCUUCACUCUUACAAGCACUCCGGCCUAGCAAACAAGAAAACUGUGACUAUCCAGGCUGGAGGCAAAGAUCAAUCUGUGUUGCUUGCUACAACAAAGACCAAGAAACAGAACAAGCCUUCAACUUUGCUGAACAAAUCUGCAAUGAAGAAGGAGUUCCGCCGCAUGGCCAAGGCAGUAACAAACCAGGUUGCAGACAACUAUUACAGGCCAGAUCUGAAGAAGGCAGCCCUUGCAAGGUUGAGUGCUGUGAACAGAAGCCUCAGGGUCACCAAGUCUGGCGUGAAGAAGAGGAACAGGCAGUCUUAGAGUUGCACUGAGUGUUGCAUUGGCUUUGCAAUGACAUUGUUGUUCUCCUGUCAUUAAGUACCAAAGUUUUGAUUUUCAAUUUUAUAUUUGAAUUCUUUUUUCAAAAAGCUAUUGGUAAGGGGCUUUGCCCCGUGCUUUU